GCGGGACUGAACAUGGCAGAUGGUAGGCCAAUAAUUUGGACUAAAAUUUGGUUUGACGCUGUAAAGCCAAGGAGUCUCUCUGAUGGCAAUAGAUGAAGAGGUUUAGGGGGCUGGGUUACCUUGCAUUGUCUUUUAGAUCUCGGGUAAUUCUUCUACAAAUUCUUCCCUGUGACCCCCACCCCUCAUUGUUUGGGGCAAUAAGUUGCCAGACCCUUUUGUUCAUUUCGCCCUCCCACUUUCCCCCCGAAGUUGAGGUUUGCUUUACAGCGCAUUUGGCAUGAAUGUGGGAAACCGUGGGCAUUACGCUGCUCGGAAGGGGAAAAGGAUAUCCUACAUGGGGGGCUCAGGGCUAGCGCCUUGAUAAACAGUGGUGCGGUGGUCUCCCUGAGUUGUGAUUGGUCACUCAACAUGUGUGGGGCCCUCCAAGAUCAGGAACGUGCAAUUAAUCAUGUAGGCUAAUUGGGAAUCACGUGGACAUGACCGAGGGGGUUGGUUGGUGGUAGGAAGAUGCUCCCUGGUCGUUUCUAUAUUGACCAAGUGUGAAAACUGACCAGGGGAGGAAUAAAGACGUGAUCCAACGCGGAGCGGGGCCCGAGACGUCCAGGCAAAAACACAGGGGGGACAGGGACUGAUAUAGGCUAAAGACAAGCGGGACCGAACAUGGCAGAAGGAGUCUGCAAGACCGAAGAGGAUGAAGGACCAAGCACGGAGGAGGACUCGGAAUCAUUCCACGGUGUCGGCGUAUGUAAAUGGUUCAACGUGCGCAUGGGCUUUGGGUUUUUGUCCAUGACCAACCGAGAGGGGGUCCCGCUCGAGUCUCCGGUCGAUGUGUUCGUCCAUCAGAGUAAGCUGCACAUGGAGGGCUUCCGCAGCUUGAAGGAGAGCGAGGCGGUCGAGUUCACUUUCAAGAAGUCAGCCAAAGGCCUGGAGUCCCAGAGAGUCACUGGGCCGGAGGGCACACACUGUGUGGGCAGCGAGAGGAGACCCAAAGGCAAGAGCAUCCAGAAACGCCGCUCCAAAGGAGAUAGGUGCUACAACUGUGGAGGCCUGGACCACCAUGCCAAGGAGUGCAAGUUGCCACCCCAGCCUAAGAAGUGCCAUUUCUGCCAGAGCAUUGCCCACAUGGUCGCCAACUGCCCAAUCAAAGCACAGCAGUCCUCGCCACGUUCUCAGGGAAAGCCCUCCUCCUUGAAAGGAAACGAGGAGGAACACGGCCACUCGCCCCCGUCCCCCGUGAGCUCUGAUUGAACGAGGAGACGCAGGAUGGAAGCUGGGGGAAGCACAGAAGCCAAUCAAACUGCUUUACUGGAAAGAUGGCCGCUAAGUUUCCUUUCAACUAUAUAAGAUGCUUUUGGAACUACCUCAGGUUUUUGUAAACAAAACGAUCAUGAAGAAUGUACUGAAGUUAAUCUUUUUUAGUGUAACACUCACAAAUACAGCUGUAUUAUUAUCGCACUCAGGAAAUAUUUGUAAAAAUGUAUGGAACCGCUAAUGAGGGGUUUAAACUUGUAAUGGCACAUCACAUAUUACUUUGAUGUCUUUAUAGAAUAGAAAGUUGUUUAAUUUUUUACAGAGCAGAUAAUGAGAAACCAUGCCAAUCACACUGGCAUGCUACUAUACCAAACUCACCAGGAAGCUUAAAAUCACAGUGUCAAGUAGAUAGCUAAACACUUUUGCUGCUUUACAACUUCUUGACUUUCCUGAUUGUUACACCCCACUGUAUCCGACAAAGAAAGAGUUGUGACACUACACCUCUGCAAGUGAAUGUUAGUCUCAUGGGUGGUAAUGGGUGGGUACAUAUGAACCGACAGGGUAUUGGGUAAUAGCUAGAGGCAAUGUAUUGGUGGCUGCCAAUAUUGUAAGUGACCAUCCAGAUGUCCUGGGGACAAAUGAAUGUCAAACCAAAUAGUAUGACUUCUAUGGCCAGCUUCUGGUUGUUGUUGUUGCGUCAUUUCUUUAUGUUGUGCCGGCACAGUGCUGUCUCUUAGGUACUCAGUCUCCCUCAUGGUACAUGUCUUAUCUGCUGCUGCUACAUUACAACCAGAGACUUAGACCCUACAGAUGUAGGAUCUUAAUUCGAUCACUCUUUUGUUGCUGAGAAUUUUCCAGCACAGCAGGAAAUGCAGCUUGUGGUGCAUUUAAGGAUUCUAAAGUUUGUCAUUUCCACUUGAAAAUGUCAGACUUCAUUUGCCCUAAAGAAAAAUGUAUCAACCCUUAUAAAACAUGUACAUUAAUUUUUAAUCCACAUAAUAAAUCACAUUUCCUGUUGCUGCAGGAUUAUUUUCCUGCAGUAGCAAACUGCCUUAAAUUAAGAUCUUACAUCUGUAUAAUCAACUUGAUCAUCCUCUGCUUAGACUACAUGCAUUUGGAAUUGAGUCACUGACUCCAGUAAUCACACCAAUAUCUAUGAAAUGUUUCAAACAUAAGUAAUUUACCAUGUAGAAAUCAGAUGCAAGAUUUGAAUGGAUUCUUGAGGUUGAUUCAGGAAUCUACAUAAUCAUAUUUGUCUCGUUUAUACUUGACAGUCAAAGCAGCAGCAGCAUCCAGCGUUAAAGUAGGAGAAACACAUUUUUUUAUUCAGUGUCGUCAAUUGGGGCGGCAGGGUAGCCUAGUGGUUAGAGCGUUGGACUAGUAACCGGAAGGUUGCAAGUUCAAACCUCUGAGCUGACAAGGUACAAAUCUGUCGUUCUGCCCCUGAACAGACAGUUAACCCACUGUUCCUUAAAAUUACUAGGUACCUUGUGACUACAACUGUGGUGUUCCUGUAUAAUCCCCACAAGCUGCUUGGAGA